AUGGGGACUUUAUUGCAAAGGAAAUGGGAAUUAUUGGCUCAUGAGGAACAAAGGUAUUACCAGGAAUAAUUUGAAAAAUUUGAAGUGAAAUAUUAAGAGUAAUUAAGUGAAUUUAAAAAAAUUAAUCAAAUGUUGAAUUAGUCCAAAAAGAUAGAGAAAUCAAUUAUAAAACCUAAGAAACCUUAGAUUCCACAAAUUCAUUAUGUUAUAUAAAAUAGAUAUAAAUAUAAAGGAAAGAAUUACAGUUAAAACUAAAUUUAUUCUGAAUUAAUUUAGGAAUUCAGCAUUUAGAGAAUGGAAUUGAAGGAAUAGUUGGAAUUGGAAUAUGAGAGUAAAUAAACACUAUAUGAUUAUGAAAUGAUUGAAUUGCUGAAGCAGAAUUGUUAGAAGUAUUAAAGUUUAAAGGAGAAAUUAUUAAUGAAUUUAUAAUAGCAAGCAGAAGAGUAAGAAUUCAAUUCUAUUGAGUAUGCUUAAAAGAACUUUGCAGUAGGUGUAAAUGGUCAUAAUCAAACAAUUGGAAGUUAACAAGUGUCCAAAUUUCAGAGCAGCAAUAAUUUAAAAAGGCUGAGUCUGAUUGCUGUGAAAUUACCAUUAUAGGAGUAAAAUUUAUAAGGGAAAGAAGGGAGAAACUUGAAUUGA